AUGUCUAAUGAUUUCUUAAAAUUUUUCAACGAGAUUGACUCUUCAUUCGAAGAAGAAGCUGCAAGAAAAGAUGAAAUAUUUAAAGUGGUGAAAGAGUAUGAUAAAACUUGUCGCCAUAUCAAUGCAAUUUUAAAUACUGCUCAUUCCGCUAAACCUGAAGAAAUUGCAAGCAUUGGACAAAAAGCAAUUGAUAAUUUUGGAGAAGUGAAAAAACAUUUAGAAAAGUUAGCUGCUAUUAUACCACAUCAACAAUAUUACAAGACUCUUCAGACAUCUUUAUUUCUUGCUGCAUUUGCAAUUUAUUUAUCAACUGAUAAAUUAAUCACUAUUGAUUUAGUAGAAGAUUUAUUUAAUGUCCAGAUAAAUAUUGGAAAUGAUAUUCAAGAUUUUCAUAUACCAAUUGAAGAUUUUCUUCACGGUUACAUCAAUUUGACUAAUGAAUUGUCAAGGUUAGCAGUUAAUUCAGUCACAGUUGGUGAUUAUGAUAGACCAAUCAGAAUAUCUAAAUUCGUUAAAGAAUUAUAUACUGGCUUCCAAUUAUUGAAUUUAAAAAAUGAUAAUCUAAGAAAAAGAUUUGACGGAAUAAAGUACAAUAUUAAAAAAAUUGAAGAAGUUGUGUAUGAUUUAUCUUUAAGAAAUCUAUCAAAUGAAAAUCAACAAGUAUCUUCAUCUUCAGCAACUUCAGCUUUAACCUCAAAAACUUGA